AUGAAGCUCAAUUUAUCAGGAACCACCGUGAUUCUGCUUGUUGCCUUCUUCCCGCGCUACGAAUGUCGGGCUAUUGAGAGCCCAGGCGGCACCCUGCGCGUUCCAGCUCUCCAAACCCAAAACUCCCAGCAGCAUCGUCAGCAACAGUCUGGUCCCAUUCUGGAGCGCCUGGGAGAGGAGUAUUUCAUCCGACUGGGAAACGGGGACUCGAACUCUUUCCCAUCCUUGUACUCCGGCGCGUCACCGUCGCUCUUCGACAGAGCCUUGCAGCUCCAGCUGACGCGGCGCCUCUUGCAGGGGAAAGUUGGGAACAUCCGGGCGCUCAUAAGCGGCUUAGCGGAUCGCGACGACGAGUCCAUGGAGAGGGGAAGGCGGUCCGAGGACCCACCGAUCUCCCUGGACCUGACCUUCCACCUGCUGCGGGAGAUGAUGGAGAUGUCCAAGGCGGAGCAGCUGGCCCAGCAGGCGCAGAACAACAGAAGAAUGAUGGAGCUGUUUGGGAAAUGAAAACCUCUUUCCAGCCCCGCCAAAGAUCUCAUUUCCCUUUAUUCUUUCUCUUUUAUUUUUGUUCUGCAUUUAUAGCACACACACACACAAAA